UUCUAGAAAAACAUCGUAAAAUGGCUUCAUAUUUUGUCGUCAAUUGAAUUAACACAUUUCCUUAUUACAUAAGUUAGUGGUUGAGAGACAAAUUUAAAGGAUAACUCUUUUAUGGCUUCUUCUUCUUCUCAUCCUAGGAGAUACCAUGUGUUCCCUAGCUUCUGCGGGGAAGAUGUACGUAGGAACUUUCUAAGUCACUUUCACAAGGAGCUGCAACUCAACGGAAUAGAUGCAUUUAAAGAUGGUGGAAUCAAGAGAAGUCGGUCCAUAUGGCCUGAGCUUAAACAAGCUAUAUGGGAAUCAAGAGUUUCCAUUGUUGUUCUCUCCAAGAACUACGGUGGUUCGAGCUGGUGCUUGGACGAGUUGGUAGAGAUCAUGGAGUGCAAGGAAGUUUCUGGACAAACAGUGAUGCCGAUUUUCUAUGGUGUGGAUCCAACUGAUGUAAGAAAACAGUCUGGAGAUUUCGGAAAGUCUUUUGACACGAUUUGUCAUGUGAGAACAGAGGAAGAGAGGCAGAGAUGGAAGCAAGCUUUAACCAGUGUUGCUAGUAUCGCCGGCGACUGUUCUUCAAAAUGGGACAAUGAUGCGGUGAUGAUUGAAAGGAUUGUCACCAAUGUUUUGCAAGAGCUGAAUUGGUGUACACCCUCAAAGGAUUUCAAAGAUCUAGUUGGAUUGGAAGCUCAUGUCUCAAACUUGAACUCAAUGUUAUGCCUGGACACUAAUGAAGUGAAGAUAAUAGGUAUUUGGGGUCCUGCUGGAAUCGGUAAGACCACCAUUGCGAGAGCUUUAUACAAUCAACUUUCUUCUAGUGGUGAUGAAUUUCAGUUGAAUCUUUUCAUGGAGAAUGUUAAGGGGGUUCAAAUGAGAAAAGAACUCCAUGGUUAUAGUUUGAAGUUGCAUUUACAAGAAAGGUUUCUCUCUGAAAUUUUCAACCAAAGAACUAAGAUAAGCCAUUUAGGUGUUGCACAAGAAAGGCUAAAAAAUCAGAAAGCUUUGGUUGUUCUUGACGAUGUUGAUGGAUUAGAGCAGCUAAAUGCAUUAAUAGAUACAACUGAAUGGUUUGGUUAUGGAACCAGGAUCAUUGUCACUACAGAAGAUAGACAGCUUUUGAAGGCUCAUGGGAUUAACCAAGUCUAUGAAGUUGGUUAUCCAUCUCAAGGUGAAGCCUUCAAGAUCUUGUGUAGAUAUGCUUUUGGAGAUAACUCGGCACCAAAAGGGUUUUAUGAUCUAGCUACUGAAGUUACCAAACUUGCUGGUGAUCUACCUUUAGGUCUCAGCGUUCUAGGUGCAUCUUUGCGAGGGUUGAGCAAAGAGGAGUGGAUAAACGCGAUACCACGACUUAGAACUAGUCUAAAUGGGAAAAUAGAGAAACUGUUAGGAGUAUGCUAUGAUGGGCUAGAUGAGAAAGAUAAGACUCUAUUUCUUCAUGUCGCGUGCUUGUUCAAUGGCGAGAAGGUGGAUCGUGUGAAGCAGUUGCUUGCUAAGAGUGCAUUGGAUGCAGACUUUGGACUUAAAGUCCUUGUGGACAGAUCUCUUAUACAUAUAUAUGCUGAUGGAUAUAUAGUGAUGCAUUUUUUGCUACAACAAAUGGGUAAAGAAAUCAUUCGAGGACAAUGUAUCAACGAUCCUGGAAGACGUCAGUUCCUAGUCGAUGCUCAGGAGAUCUCGGAUGUACUUGUAGAUGAAACUGGUACAAAAAAUGUUUUAGGCAUAUCCUUAGAUAUGUCCGAACUCGAUGAUGAAGUGUAUAUAAGUGAAAAAGCCUUCAAGAAAAUGACUAAUCUCCAAUUCUUGAGGCUAUACAAUCAUUUUCCAGAUGAAGCAGUCAAGUUGCAGUUACCUCACGGCUUGGAUUAUCUACCACGUAAACUAAGGUUACUACAUAGGGAUUCAUAUCCGAUAAAAUGUAUGCCCUCUAAGUUUCGUCCUGAGUUUCUUGUUGAACUUACUCUGCGAGAUAGCAAGCUUGUAAAGCUUUGGGAAGGUGUUCAGCCACUGACAAGUCUCACGUAUAUGGAUUUGAGUUCUUCCAAAAACAUCAAAGACAUUCCGAAUCUCUCAGGAGCAAUGAAUCUGGAGAAACUGUAUCUCAGGUUCUGCGAAAAUUUGGUCACAGUUUCUUCUUCUUCUCUACAAAACCUUAAUAAGCUAAAAGUCUUGGACAUGUCUUGUUGCACAAAACUGAAGGCUCUUCCGACCAAUAUCAACUUGGAAUCCCUCAGUGUCCUUAACCUGAGGGGAUGCUCGAAGUUGAAGAGGUUUCCGUGUAUUUCAACGCAGGUUCAGUUCAUGUCUCUUGGGGAAACUGCGAUAGAGAAAGUGCCUUCAUUAAUCAGGUUAUGUUCUCGUCUAGUUUCAUUGGAAAUGGCGGGAUGUAAGAACCUGAAAACAUUACCUCCUGUCCCUGCAAGUAUAGAGAUCUUGGACUUGUCCAAGACAAGAGUUGAGUUCAUAUAUGUUGAUCAUAUGCAUAUGCCUUUUAUUUGUUUAUUUGGAGAUCGUUGUCACGAUGAUUAUCAACUAAUUUUACGCGCUCUUAUAUUGUUAUGUAGAGGCCAUUUGCAUAGGCAGGACCCAAGGGCAAAAGUCUUCUUUAACGAUAUUAUUGUGUUCUCAAUAGUCAAAAUUACCAAAAAAAAGAUGUUGAGAGGAAUUUUCAAGUCUGUCUUGGGAGAAUCAAGAACAGAUUGCAACUCUCUUCACCCUCUCAUCGCUGCUUCUUCUCCUUCCUCUUCAUCAUCAUCAUCAUCAACACGUCAAUACAGCUACGACGUCUUCCCAAGUUUCUGUGGACAAGAUGUCCGGAGAAGCUUUCUCAGCCACUUUCUUGAAGGGUUGAAAACCAAUGGAGUAAAUACGUUCGUAGACGACGGGAUCAUGAUGAGCGGAUCAAUAAACUCCGAGCUCGUGAGAGCUAUCAGAGAAUCAAGGAUCGCCGUGGUGAUCCUCUCGAAGAACUAUGCCUCCUCGAGUUGGUGCCUACAUGAGUUGCAGCUGAUCAUGGAUUGUAGGGCUUCUUUAGGACAAACUGUGAUGACAAUAUUCUACGACGUGGAACCAUCUGAUGUGAGAAAACAGACCGGAGAUUUCGGAAAGGCCUUUGAGGAAACUUGUAAUGGCAGUACAGAGGAAGAGAAGAAGACAUGGAGACAAGCGUUGACUCAAGUUGCCCUUAUCGCUGGGGAACAUGUAACUUCAUGGGCUAGUGAAGCGCAGAUGAUCUCAAAAAUCGUCAAAGAUGUUUCUAACGAGUUGCCAUCAACCGAUUUUGAUCGGUUGGUUGGAGUGGAAGCUCAUGUAGCAAAGCUGAAAUCGAUGAUACGCUUAGAUUCCGACGAGGUGAAGAUGGUGGGCAUUUGGGGCCCUGCAGGUAUUGGCAAAACCACAAUAGCUAAAGCCUUAUACAACCAAGUUUCCAGUAACUUCCAACUCAAGUUUUAUAAGGAGAUUUUUAAGGGAAAGUAUGAGGUGCACAGCCUCGAAAGAUAUGAUUCGCAAAAUCGUUUGAAAAAAGAGUUACUAUCUGGAAUUUUAGAUCAUAGGGACAUGAAUAUACCUGACCUAGGUGAGGCAGAAGAGAGGUUAAAGCAUCAGAGAGUCCUACUCAUUCUUGAUGAUGUCUUUCUUCAUGAUCUAAAGGGUUUGAGAGAUGUAAUCCACGGUCUUAGGUAUGGAAGUAAGGUAAUUGUGACCAGUGAAGAUAUAGAUACGUUAAGAGAAUGUGGGAUCCACCAGAACCAGACAUACAGAGUUGCUUUUCCAUCAAGCGAAGAGGCUCUUCAGAUAAUUUCAUACUCUGCAUUUGGACAACGCUUUCCACCAAGAAGUUAUCUGGAGCAUGCAGAUGAAGUAGCUAAGCUUGUCUCUCCAUUUCCACUUGGUCUCAGAGUCAUUGGUUCUUCUUUGCGCGGAAAAAGCAAAGAUGAGUGGAUAACUGCACUGGCUAAGCUCAAAACUUGUCAUGGGGACAAGGAUGUAGAAACAGCCAUUAGAUUUGCCUAUGAAGGGUUAUCUGAUAAACAAAAAACUCUACUUUAUCUAUUGACAGAUUCAAUAAGUUCGGGUGAGAACGUGAACAAUGCCAUAUUCUCACUUUCACAGAGUGAUUGGGAUGCUGAGAAAGGGAUUCAAACUCUAGCUGAUAUAGCUUUCAUCUCUAUAUCCGGAGAAGGAAGAAUUCUGAUGCACUAUUUGGUACGCUUAAUGUCUAUCAAGUUAAGUUUGUAGUUAGAAAAAAUUAAAGGUUAUACUUAAGAUUCUAUCAAAACAGUAUCUGAACACAUUACAGAAAUGAAAGUCUAUGCACUGUGUCAAGUGUUUUCCUUCUUACAUUAUGUUUAUCUUCUUAAUGUUAAUGUAUGAUUCACUUCGCAUCCCAAGAAUGACCAAACACUUUUUUAUGGAUGAGAAUGCGUUAAAUGGAUUUUAAUAUAAAAGAUUCAUCACAA